GGAUAGAGAGUGGACGAGUGAGAGAGUUGAGGGACGGAGAGCAUUGAGGGUUGUUGAAUGAAUUGGCUUUAACCCACAUUGCUCCUUCCACUUUCGUUGUUUCGUUGCAGGAUGACGAAGAGCCGUAGUGAGGCCGUGAAGAGGCACUUCACGGAGGUGGGGGACAGCGGCAGAGUCGACAAGGGUAACAAACAGCGGAGGUGCAAUUUCUGUGACAAGCUUGUAUCCGGGGCAGCGAGCAGGGCAAGGGACCAUUUGGUGAAGGGUUCGCGAUGCGAUGUCGAGCGCCUGCGAGGCGUUGUGCCGAGAGAAGAGUACUCGAGGAGGGUGAAGGGGAGAUUGGCUGCGAGGUCGGAGUUGGGAGUCGUUAUGGGAGAGACUGCCAAGGGGGGGUCGUCGGAGGACGACAACGAGCAGCGGACUGUAGAAGGUAGAGAGGUCGAUCGAUCGGAGUCUGCGGCGGGGCUCCUUCAUGCGACUCCCCAGUCGUCUAUAGGCGCCUCGGCAUACUAUGGCAUUCUGAAGACGGCAAUAGAGGAGAUAGGUGCGGAGGCAGUGGUGGGGGUCGUUAUGGACAAUGCUGCCGUUUGUGCAGCAGUGGGGCGAAUGGUGGAAGCGGAUCACCCGCACAUCUUCUCGGUCCCAUGUACAACUCACUCACUCGACCUCAUUUUCGAGUCUUUCGCGAAGAUCACGUGGGUGGGCGAAGUCAUUAAAAGGGUGUCGGAGGUAGCAAAGUUUUUCACGAACCUUUCGGGGGUGCGAGAUCUCCUCCUCCACUGCUCCAACGGCAGCGUCGUGCCGAAACCGGGUGCGACCCGGUUUACCACGAACUUCAUCAUGCUGUCGAGCCUGCAGGGGUUGUACUUGCCGCUGCGAGCGUGUUUGACGGACGAUGAUUGGAAGCCAACGAUUGUGCACACUUCGCAACACGAGCUGUUUGUGAGGGUGACACAUUCCAUCUUCGACGACACCUUCUGGGUCGAUAUCGAGAAGGUGAUGCAAACGUCCAGGGAACUCCUCAAGCUUCUGAAGAUGGUCGACGGCACGGGUCCCACCAUCAGCAAGGUUUACGCCCGUGUGGACAGCGUUGUGGAGAAACUAAGGGAGAGCAGGCACUUCACGGAAGAGGUCGACGCGGAGGUCUGUUCUUGGAUCGAGGGCAUCGGGCAACACACUAGCGAAAAUGCAAGGACACAAGCCCGUACGAUGCAGCCGGCGAGGUGGUGGCGGAAGUGGUGCAGCGACAUGCCCAUCCUCCAAAAGCAAGCCGUUCGGCUCCUUGGACAAGGCUGCUCCUCCUCGAGUUGCGAGAGGAAUUGGAACUUGUUCGAACGGAUUCACAGCCGUCUUCGCAACAAUCUUGGCACCGUGAAGCUAAGCACACUGGUUUUCAACAGAUGGAACCAGCACUUGUUGGACUUCUUGACCAAGAAACAGAAGGCUGACGAUGCGGCGAAGUGGGAAGAGGAUGAGCCCGUGGAAGAUCUCACACGAGAUGAGAUGGCGUCGAAUGCACGCUUGCGGUUGGGGGAGUGGCGUGCCCGCUUGCGCGGAACACAUUCGGUCCACGACGAAGGUGAGAAUGACGACUCGGGCUCCGACGAGGAGGACAUUCCUGUCCAAGUGCAACAAACAGCUGUUGCGGAGGAGGUCACAGUUAAGCAUCGUGACAAGGAAGUUGAGGAUGUGGAUGGUGGAGAUUCGGAAAGGGUUGCUGCACCCGUACGUGCGACACGAAAGCGGGGACGACUGCGGAAGGCGGCCGUGGAAGAGGAGGAGGCUGAAAAUAGAAGGGGGACGCGAAAGCGGGGACGUUUGCAGGUGCAGCCUGCCGAAGAGGAGGAGGAGGAAGCGCUUGAAAAGACGAGCAGCGCUGACAAAAAUGGCAGCAGAGACGGAAGCAGCAACAACGAUGAAAGCAGCAGCGAUGACGGGAGCGGCGGCAGCAGAGGUGCGCGUGAUGGCAGCAGCAGCAGCAAUGAAAGUGGAGGUGGCCGUGGCAGCAGUGAUGGCGGCGAGAAAGAUGGGAGGUUGUCGAAGGAAGAGGACGACUCCGAAUGCGAAGGCCAGUAGGGAGAUGGGAGUUCGUCAGAGGCAAAGGACGA